AUGAGGAGAAGCACUAGAUAUACCUUGAACCUGUUGUUACUAUUGCCACUUUUCUUUGCGUGGACAGCGGUCGCCCUCGACCUGGGGCAGUCUUCGUGCACUACCCUCGUCCAGGGCAAAUUCUUUGGGUAUUUCUCCUCGUUUGCUGUCUUCCCGUUGAAUGCUUCCCGCUGCUCUUGGAUUAUCCAGAACCCAGACCCCCGGAGGUACACCUUGUACAUGAAGGUCCUGAAGCCCGCGGGCGCCUGCGACCACCAGCAGGUUCGCACGUACCAGUUUGACUCGUUCUUGGAGUCCACACGGACGUACUUGGGGAUGGAGAGUUUUGACGACGUGCUAAACCUUUGUGAUAGCUCCACCCGUUAUGCCUUUCUCCAGUCCAACAAGCAGUUCCUGCAGAUGAAACAGACCGCUUCGGCGGUCGAAAGUGGGCAUGUCAGAUGGAAACCGGGCAAGGCACAAGACAGAGAUUUCUCGGUGGAAUACCUGGUGGUUGGCAACAGGAACCCCAGCAAAGCUGUCUGCCAGAUGUUGUGCAAGUGGUUAGACACCUGCCUGACCACCAGUAGCAGCUUCCACCCUUGUGGUAUUAUGCAGACACCAUGCUCUUGCGCCAGUGGGGAGAUACUGGAUCAGCCCAGCGAGAUCCUCGGCUUAACCAAAAAGAAGGACUGCUUUAAGGACGGGAUUUACCUGGAGAACUGUAUGAGUAGCCCAAAGGACAGCGGGGGAAACCGGACACCUGGUGGUUGGAACCCGUGGUCAGCAUGGGGCGAAUGCACGAGAGACUGUGGGGGAGGCCUCCAGACUCGCACCCGCACCUGUCAGCCUCUCCCCGAUGACAGCCUCAUUUGUGAAGGUGUCUUAGAAGAAGGCAGGCUUUGUAACAGGAAAGCGUGCAAUCCCAACGCGCAUUACAAUUCCCGAAGCCAAUCACUGAGGUCCACAGAUAACCGAAAACGGGAUGAUGCGGACGAACUACAGCAAUACGGGUACCCUGCGCCUCAAAUAGGUGAUCCGGCUGCUGAGGAGUGGUCCCCCUGGAGCGUCUGUUCAACCACCUGCGGGGAGGGCUGGCAGACUAGGACAAGAUUCUGUGUCUCGUAUUCCUACAGCACCCAAUGCAGUGGUCCCCUUCGGGAGCAGCGGCAAUGCAACAAUUCCGCCGUCUGUCCAGUCCAUGGGAUGUGGGACGAGUGGUCUCCAUGGAGCCUCUGCUCAUCCACCUGUGGGCGAGGGUACAGGGAUCGCACCCGGACCUGCAAACCCCCUCAGUUUGGCGGCAAUCCUUGCGAAGGCCCCGAGAAACAAACCAAGUUCUGCAACAUUGCACUUUGCCCAGGUAAGGCUGUGGACGGCAACUGGAACGAAUGGUCAAGUUGGAGCUCCUGUUCCACCUCCUGCUCCAAUGGCACCCAGCAGCGAACAAGGGAGUGCAACGGGCCGUCCUACGGGGGAGCUGAAUGCCAGGGACACUGGGUGGAGACCCGAGACUGCUUCCUUAGGCAAUGCCCAGUGGAUGGAAAGUGGCAGGCAUGGAGUCCUUGGGGGAGCUGUACGGCCACAUGCGGAGGUGGGACGCAAAAACGUGAUCGGACUUGCUACGGCCCUUUCUUUGGAGGAGAAGUAUGCCAAGGCCCGAAAGAGGAGUACAAGCAAUGCAACGAGAAAAGGUGUCCUGAGCCCCAUGAAAUCUGUGAUGAAGAGAGCUUUGCCUCUGUGAUUUGGAAGGAGACUCCCGCUGGAGAGGCCGCAGCUGUCCGUUGCCCCCGCAAUGCUACAGGGUUGAUCUUACGGCGAUGUGUGUUGGAUGAAGAGGGCAUAGCCUACUGGACGUCUCCUACAUACAUCAAGUGUGUUUCCAUUGACUACAGGAAUAUACAGAUGAUGACGAGGGAACAUCUGUCAAAAGCCCAGCGCGGGCUGAUCGGGGAAGGGGUGUCGGAGGUGUUGCAAAAUCUCGUGGAGAUCUCUCAGGAUGGGACCAGCUAUAGUGGGGACCUGCUGUCAACCGUCGAUGUGCUCAGGAAUAUGACCGAGAUCUUCCGCAGGGCUUACUACAGCCCCACUGGUAGUGAUGUACAGAGUUUUGUUCAGAUCAUUAGCAACAUCUUGAUGGAGGACAACCGAGACAAAUGGGAGGAGGCUCAACUGGUCGGGCCCAAUGCCAAGGACCUCUUUAAGCUGGUGGAGGACUUUAUUGACGUCAUUGGAUUCCGCAUGAAGGACUUCCAGGAUUCCUACCAAGUGACGGAAAAUCUGGUCCUCAGUAUUCAGAAACUCCCGGCAAAAGCCGCCAAAGACAUCAAUUUCCCUAUGAAGGGCUGGAGGAGCUUGGUGGAUUGGGCCCGCACUGCAGAAGACAAAGUCACGGUGUCCAAAAGUAUCCUUUCCACAGGAGUGCCAGAGACCGAUGACUCCGCCGUCUUUGUGGUGGGAACGGUUCUCUACCGCAGUCUGGGUGGCAUCCUCUCGCUUCAGAGGAACACAACUGUGCUGAAUUCCAGAGUCCUUUCUGUGACAGUCAAGCCAGCUCCCCGGUCUCUCCUUGCUCCACUGGAAAUUGAAUUCUCCCACUUGUACAAUGGAACCACCAACCAGACCUGCAUCCUCUGGGAUGAUGCACACAUAUGCUCUAUCACUGAGCCACCGCUUCUCCCUUCUCCUGCACAACUGGGUGCCUGGUCCUGGCGUGGCUGUCGAACGGUCCCGGUCGAUGCUUUCCGAACUAAAUGCCUCUGUGACAGAAUCUCCACCUUCGCCAUCUUAGCCCAGCUCAGCGCCGAAAUGAAUACAGAAAAAGUUCUCGUUCCGUCGGUCACGUUAAUCGUCGGCUGUGGAGUGUCUUCCCUGACUCUCUUGCUCUUGAUAAUCAUUUACAUCUCAGUCUGGAGAUAUAUCCGCUCUGAACGUUCUGUCAUCUUAAUCAACUUCUGCCUGUCAAUCAUCUCUUCCAAUGCUCUCAUCUUGAUUGGGCAAACCCAAACCCGGAAUAAGGUGAUCUGUACCUUGGUGGCAGCAUUCCUGCACUUUUUCUUCCUCUCCUCCUUCUGUUGGGUGCUGACGGAGGCUUGGCAAUCCUACAUGGCUGUGACGGGCAGGCUACGGAACCGCAUCAUCCGCAAACGCUUCCUCUGUCUUGGAUGGGGUCUGCCAGCCCUGGUGGUUGCGAUCUCCGUGGGAUUCACAAAAGCCAAGGGGUACGGCACCGUGAAUUACUGUUGGCUGUCUCUGGAAGGAGGUUUGCUUUAUGCCUUCGUGGGACCCGCGGCUGCUGUUGUUUUGGUGAACAUGGUUAUUGGUAUUCUGGUGUUUAACAAACUUGUAUCCAAAGAUGGAAUAACAGAUAAGAAACUGAAGGAACGGGCAGGGGCAUCCCUCUGGAGCUCCUGCGUGGUCCUCCCUCUCCUAGCCUUGACAUGGAUGUCGGCAGUGCUGGCCAUCACAGACCGCCGGUCGGCCCUCUUCCAGAUCCUCUUUGCAGUCUUUGACUCCUUAGAGGGCUUUGUUAUUGUGAUGGUUCAUUGCAUCCUGCGGAGAGAGGUACAAGAUGCCGUCAAAUGUCGAGUUGUGGACCGCCAAGAAGAAGGAAAUGGCGAUUCUGGGGGGUCAUUUCAGAAUGGACACGCUCAGCUAAUGACCGAUUUUGAGAAGGACGUGGAUAUGGCUUGUAGAUCAGUUCUAAAUAAAGACAUCAGUACUUGCCGCACCAUGACGAUCACGGGGACGUUGAAGCGUCCAUCCCUGCAGGACGAGGAGAAGCUGAAGCUGAACCACCAGAAAGGUUCGUCGAAUUUUAACAGUCUUCCAGCCAACGUCUCCAAGAUGCACCUCCAAAGCUCCCCGCACUACCUGGGGGCGAUCAACCUCAACGACUUCAGCAACCACACCCUCACCCUGAAGAAGGACAAGAGCCAGCAGCCUAAAUCCAUCUACAUCUGUGAUGGGGACAUCUUCAAAAAGCUGGACUCGGAGCUUUCCCGGGCCCAGGAUCAAGCCAUAGAUGCCAGCUACGUCAUCCUGCCCACCAACACCUCCACCUUGAGGCCCAAGCCGCCCCCGCCACCUCCGCCCCCCAAGGAUGAUACAAAAUACAGCAUCAAUAUUGACCAGAUGCCACAGACAAGACUCAUCCAUCUCAGCAUGGCCACAGACCCAGGUUUUGUUGUCAAGAGUCCUCCGAGGGAACCGGUGGUGAUGAGCUGUGGGGAGGUCCAAGCAUCCCCUAUUAUGCAGCAGCAGCAGCAGCAGCAGCAACAACAACAACUGUCACCACCAGUGGUCAACAAAUCUGGUGACUCACAGAUGCUGAACUUGUGUGACACGGGCGAUUCUGGUAACUCUGGAAUGGUGUCCAAGAGCGAGACGGUCUCCACACUCUCCAUGAGCUCCCUUGAGAGACGGAAAUCCCGGUACGCAGAGCUAGAUUUUGAGAAAAUCAUGCACACGAGAAAACGUCACCAAGACAUGUUCCAGGACCUGAAUCGGAAAUUGCAGCAUGCAGAAAAAGAGAAGGAGUCUCCCACAGUUGACAGCAAGCAAGAAAAGCAGCAGACCCCAAACAAGAGACCCUGGGAAGGAAUUCGGAAGGUCCAUUCACCACCAGCAUGGGUUAAAAAGGACAUGGAGCCAGUUGCUCAAUCUCCCUUGGAACUCAAAACUGUAGAAUGGGAAAAAACGGGAGCGACAAUCCCCCUGGUGGGACAAGACAUUAUCGACCUCCAAACAGAGGUCUGA